UCGCCUCAGUCAUGAUCAAGGAGUUUGAGAUGCUGUUUCCACGCUGAAAAUCAAGAAACCCUACCAAACCAUUCCGACUGGCCGCGACGAUUGGGUAGAAUAAAGAGUGACUUGACAGCAAAUUGGAUUCCCAAUCAAGAAAUCAUAUCCCUUCCUUCCCUGAGAUCAAACGCAGAAUCCAAAUAAUGGCACCUAAGCUUCUUUCCUUCAUUAUCAUUGCUGCGUCUUUUCAUCAAUUGGCCAAUGCUAUGACUCGCUUGUUUGAGCCAACUUCAUUCGUUCAACACUCGGUGGACACCGCUUCACCCAGUCUGUUGGAUAAGCUCGGGACCUUCACAGACUUCAAACACGGCAACCCUUUUGUCGGGAACCCUCGCUUUUCAGGACCAGCAGAGCUACCGAGAAACCAACAUGUGGCCGUAUUGCCUUAUCAAAUGUUUCGUGAAGGAAGCAAUCUCGAUGUGGCGGCUACCCACCAAAUCGAACACAUCAAAAACAAGAAUCUCAAGCCGCUCUCUAUCGAGACCGAAAGGGAAUACGCUAGUCUUGGAAAAAGUUAUAAUGCUCUCACUGAUAAAGAACGAAUAGCUUUGGGAAAAUACAUGGAAACCGAAGUCAUCACAAGUUCGCAAGCGGACAAGAUUGCUUUAGAGCGUCUCAAUUGGUUCUCCAGGCGUUCUGCCGGAACGAUAUGGUGGAAAGCCGGCCUCGUCGGGAAGGCGGACCCGCGGAUAAGUGACGACAUUGGCCUGAUUACGAUCGGCGAUAUACUUCGAUUUGGCAACGAAGAACAAGCCAUGAAGCUCACCAACGAAGACGUAGAAAAGAUGUUCCGUGAACUGAAACAGGUCUCGUUAAAGAACAUUCACGAUGUCGCUCGUGUGAAGCCGUUAAAUGUCAAGUUGUUGGAUCAAGGCCGAAACAUUGUCCCCGAGAGGCCGUUGUUGUUUGAGCAAAGAAUGACUGACUUGACGAAUGCGGCAUCCGAAAAUGUUCAGCAAAUGACACCGGAGAUGAAAACAGAUAUGUUCGAAGCCCUCUAUUUGGUUAGUGGCUAUAGCCCAAAACAGGCCCAAGAAUUCUCCAAAGUUGCUCUGAAGAACCUGGAUGAUAAACCAGACGAAUUGGGUACACUCCUCAAAGGACCUUGGAAAAAAACAAUGCAGAAACUCAAUCUUUGGAAAACCCCCCAGAAAUCUGUUACCUAAAUGAUAUAAAUCUGUUUCUUCAUGGCUACCUUCCAUCUUACUGGAUUGUGAGAUACAAAUAAUUUGAUUCAAGGCAGUUGCAAAAACAAUUCAAAAUUCUCUUUCAAGUCCCAACUUUUGACCACAGUGAAUCUUUCUCAAAGAGAUAUUAUUCUAUUCAGCUUGUCGCUCUCUAUAAGCAUUCUUUUUUCACAAUUCCAUCUGUUCACAGUCUUUUGAAGCAUUCUUUCUUUGAUCCAAAUGUUGCUUACAUAUAUUUUUGAUACAUGCUGUUAAAGAAUUCAUAGAUUCUACUCAAUUAACUGCUACACAAAACUGGUCUUCCUCUGCAUACAUGAAAUCAUUCCCUUUGCCAGAUGGAA